GCGGUGCCGAUCCGCAGAGCCCUUGCCGAGCCCCCCGUAGUCAUGAGCUCGUACGGCUACGACCCGUUCUUCCCCUCCUACAAGCGGCGCUAUGCCGACAGCCCGCGGCUGCACGUCUCCGCGAUGCGGAGCGGCGGUUACAGCUCGGCGCGCUCGGCGUAUUCCAGCCUCUCCGCGCCCGUCUCCUCCGUGUCGGUGCGCCGCAGCUACGCCGCCUCCAGCGCUUCGGGUUCCCUCCUGCACUCCGUGGACAGCCUCGACCUGAGCCAGGUGGCCGCUAUCAGCAACGACCUCAAGUCGAUCCGCAGCCAGGAGCGGGCCCAGCUGCAGGACCUGAAUGACCGCUUCGCCUGCUUCAUCGAGCGGGUGCACGAGCUGGAGCAGCAGAACAAAGUGCUGGAGGCGGAGCUGCUGGUGCUGCGGCAGAAGCAUGCCGAGCCGUCCCGCUUCAGAGCCCUCUACGAGCAGGAGAUUCGCGAGCUGCGCUUGGCCGCCGAGGAGGCGACGAGCGAGAAGCAGGCGCUGCAGGGCGAGAGGGAGAGCCUGGAGGAGACCCUGAGGGGGCUGCAGGCUCGCUACGAAGAGGAGGUGCUGAGCCGCGAGGACGCCGAGGCCCGGCUGCUGGAGGUGCGCAAAGGGGCGGACGAGGCGGCGCUGGCGCGGGCGGAGCUGGAGAAGCGCGUGGACAGCCUGCUGGACGAGCUGGCCUUCCUGAAGAAGGUGCACGAGGAGGAGCUGGCCGAGCUGCAGGCUCAGAUCCAGUACGCGCACCUGUCGGUGGAGAUGGACGUGUCGGCCAAACCCGACCUGUCGGCCGCGCUGCGCGACAUCCGCGCACAGUACGAGAAGCUGGCGGCGCGCAACAUGCAGAACGCCGAGGAAUGGUUCCGCAGCCGCUUCACCGUGCUCAGCGAAAGCGCCGCCAAGAACACCGACGCCGUCCGCGCCGCGAAGGACGAGGUGUCCGAGAGCCGCCGGCUGCUCAAGGCCAAGACGCUGGAGAUCGAGGCCACCCGCGGCAUGAACGAGGCGCUGGAGAAGCAGCUGCAGGAGCUGGAGGAGAAACAGAGCGCCGACAUCUCCGCGCUGCAGGAUACAAUCAACAAACUAGAGAAUGAAUUGAGAACCACAAAGAGUGAAAUGGCUCGGUACCUAAAGGAAUACCAGGAUCUGCUCAAUGUGAAAAUGGCCCUGGACAUUGAGAUUGCUGCAUACAGGAAACUGCUGGAAGGUGAAGAGACCCGACUCAGUUUCACCAGUGUUGGAAGCAUCACCAGUGGCUACACCCAGACUGCCCCCACCUUUGGCAGGUCUGCCUACAGCGGGCUGCAGUCCACCUCCUACUUGAUGACAACCCGUUCCUUCCCCACAUACUACUCCAGUCAUGUCCAGGAAGAACAGAUUGAAAUAGAGGAAACAAUUGAGGCUGCUAAAGCAGGAGAAGCCAAGGCAGCCCCUGCAGAGGAAGGUGAGGAGGAAGAGAAAGAAGAAGGUGAGGAGGAAGAAGCAGGAGGUGAAGAGGCUGAAGAAGAGGAGGAAGGUGCUAAGGAAGAAUCAGAAGAAGGCAAAGAAGGUGAGGAGGAGGAAGGAGAAGAAACAGCAGCUGAAGAUGGAGAGGAGUCUCAAGAAACUGCUGAGGAAACUGGAGAGGAGGAGAAGGAAGAGAAAGAAGCAGCAGGAAAGGAAGAAACUGAAGUGAAGAAAAAGGCUUGAAUUCCAGGCAGCCUGGCUCUCAUCAAGUUAAACUAUGAUUGACUGAGCUAAAAUUGCAGUCUCACAUAUUUAUUUCAGUGACCACUGAGGUUUAAAGUUAAUGAUCUAUGAUGUUUCUCUCUAUGUGGAGUAUCAGUAUGCUGCUUGCAGAGCACUCACUGGCUUGCUCCCUGAGUGCUGCAUGGUCUACACGUAUGAAUUCAGGGGUUAUGUCCUACUUGGGUGAUUCAGAAUCAUUACAUUAAAAAAGGGGGGCAAAAAAUAAGUCAUGGGAAUGAAAGUUAUCUCUAACGUGCAUUAAAAAUAACUAUGGAAACCUUGGGUGGGUAAAAUAAUGGAGGCUUCAAUAAGUACGUGCAAUAAAGCUAGUCAAUAAAGUUACAAAAAUGCUUA